AAGGUAUGUUUGUUUCUUGGUUGUUUCCUAUAAAAAUAUCUCUAAAUAUUUAUUAAUUUAUUAUACAAUUUCAAUUGAAACUAUGGGAACUUGUUUCGGAACUCCGGUCAGCAAUCAUCAUAGCUCAUCCACAACCAUAAAUUCAGAAGCAUCCGGCGGUGGUAAGGCCGCAGGAAAAGCGGCGGCUGAUCCUCCUCCGGCCGGAAACCCUAAACUGAAGAUGUUCACAUUAGAGGAGUUGAAAAGUGCAACCAGAAACUUCAGACCGGAUACUAUUUUAGGAGAAGGUGGAUUUGGAAGAGUUUUUAGAGGCUGGAUUGAUGAGCAAACUUAUGCUCCCACCAAAGUUGGCGUCGGUAUGGCAGUCGCCGUCAAAAAGUCAAACACUGAUAGUGCUCAGGGUCUAGAAGAAUGGCAGUCUGAAGUGAAAUUCCUAGGGAAGUUUUCACAUCCAAAUCUUGUGAAGCUGUUGGGGUACUGUUGGGAAGAGAAACAAUUUCUUCUUGUGUAUGAAUGCAUGCAAAAGGGAAGCUUAGAAAAACACCUCUUCAGAAAGGGGGCAGAGCCACUUUCAUGGGAUAUUAGACUUAAAAUAGCAAUUGGAGCAGCUAAAGGUCUUGCUUUCUUGCACACAUCAGAAAAGAGUGUUAUCUAUAGGGACUUCAAGUCAUCUAACAUUUUACUGGAUGGGGACUAUAAUGCUAAACUUUCAGACUUUGGGUUGGCCAAAUUGGGCCCAAUAAAUGGCGACUCUCAUGUCACAACAAGAAUUAUGGGCACAUAUGGAUAUACAGCACCUGAAUAUAUAGCCACUGGUCAUUUAUAUGUGAAAAGUGAUGUUUAUGGAUUUGGAGUUGUGCUAUUAGAAAUGCUAACGGGCCUAAGAGCAUAUGAUACGAAUAGGCCCAGUGGGGAGCACAAUCUGGUAGAUUGGGCUAGACCAAAUCUUCCUAGUAAAAAAAAGAUGAAAAGGAUAAUGGACCCAAAUCUUGAAGAUGAGUACUCGAUAAAAGGUGUAAUGCAAGCAGCUGAGAUUAUAAUGAAAUGUCUUGAUCAUGAUCCAAAAAAUAGGCCUUCUAUGGAUCAAGUAUUGGAAACAUUACAAAAUAUUAAGGAAUUGCCUAAAGAUACCAAAGCUAAGACCAAAAAAGAGAUUAAGAAGCACAAAGAACACCACCACUCUGCCUCUCAACCUCACAACAAUUAUCAGCAAAAUAGAUCUCCUUUUAAUUCUAAGUAUGGUGGUCACCAUAAGAAUGGAGCUCGAGCUCGAGCUCAUCCGCCUACCGCUAGAUCGGUCUAAAAUGCCUGUCAGCCGGUCUGAAUAUAAUGUUACAUAUGUUCUUACUUAGAUGUUUCGUUCUAGCUGUUGUAACUGUUUUUGAUACUAUUUAACAAAAGUUCCUAUAUAUAAAAGGAAAAACUAAGAGAUUGUUGGAUGUUA